UCAGCCUGCACACACUACUUACAGAUAAUGUUUAUAUACAGUUACAACCCCGCAGCGGAAAGGACGAUGUUUUUAGAGCGGAAUCUUGGCCGAUGGCCAUUUUAUUUCUUCAAGUUGGCUGUACCGUCAGAACAAAAGUUGGCAGAACUGCUGAAUGUUAUCAUACUAUCUGGCCAGAAGGUGACGGCGAGGGGCAUAAAUCGCGAGCUUCUGGACUACCUGGAACAUCACGGCUUGAUUAGCCACAGGCAGUAUGGUUUCCAGAACCAGCGAACCACAGGGGACCUCUUAGCUUACGUCACGCAAUCGUGGAGGAAACUCAUCCAUUCUUAUGUUGUUUCCGAGAUCCCAGUGGUGAGGGUCGAAUUUGAAACCCUGAAUAACAAAAAAGAACUACUACGAAGAUAAAUGGAGUUAGUGUAUGAUAUUCCAUAAUAUGCAGCAGAGCAACCGAGCAGCGACCGUUGAGAGUCAUAAAUUUGACAGUAGCAAAAGCAGGCCGUAAAACUUCCCGAGGUUCUUCAUGUGAAAAACGAACGGAACGUAACUCAAUUCGAGGAGCGCAAAACGCAAUAUGGUCUAACAUUUGCAUUAGGUCAAUAAAUAGUCUGAUGCUGUGACAUAUGAGCAUACAGUGGUAUUGAGGCUGUAUAGUCAAUUCUUACUAAAUUUGUACCAUUAAUAAAUCAUAAUUUUUACUAUAUAACUAGAUAUCUAUGAAAUGCUGAUUAAUAAAUCAGUUAAAAUAGUCGACUAACUAUGCUAUCCAUCAAUAGUCAUAAUCAGUGUUAUCGCAAUUUAUUAGUUCCAGUGGUCUAGCUGAAUUAGAUUUGUUUUAAAUUUGACCGCGGCGUCAUUUUUUAUCGGCCGAUACUGGACACUUUCACUGUUGUAUUUUUCUUCAAGAUUUUGCCACUUUUUCUAUUAGAUAAUACCUUCCAGCGAUGUCGUUGACUCCUCAACAAGCAUCAUGACUACCUUGUACACUUUUUAAGAAGAAGGUUGCCAAAAAAUAGGCAUCCGCU